CAUGUAUUUGGGUCCUGAACGAGGGCAACUGCGGGGAAGAUCUUCUGUAACCUUGCCUUAAAAGGGAGCACAUGGGUAGAUGCGGACUCGCGGGAAUAAGCGCUGGUUCCCGGUUUCGCUUUAAUACGCUCGCAUUCCAGCUUACUAUACGGAGACGGGCCGAACGAUGUAGUACAAAAGAUAUCUAUUGUCAGCAUGCCGCCGCCAAUAGUCGAGCUCGCCCGCCUGCAGACGGAGAACAGGAACCUUCGGAGCGCCAACAUUGACCGGGUGUCCACGCAGGAACUCUGCAAGAUCCUCAACCGCGAGGACUCCCUAGUGCCGGCGGCUGUUGAGCCCUGCAUACCCGUCAUUGCAGAGGUGAUCGAUGCUCUGUCUGAGCGUGUCCGAAAUGGUGGUCGAGUCUUCUAUAUCGGCGCCGGGACAAGCGGGAGGCUUGGAGUCCUUGAUGCUUCGGAGAUACCUCCGACAUACUCAGCGCCUCCUAAUCAGUUCGUUGCGCUUAUAGCCGGAGGCGACCAUGCUCUUCGUCACGCGAAGGAGGGUGCCGAGGAUAGCAGGGCCGGGGCCGAAGCUGAUCUAGAGGCCCUCAACUUGAACCCCCAGGUCGACUCCCUGAUUGGAAUUGCUUCAUCUGGACGAACACCGUACGUCUUGGGCGGGUUGUCCUAUGCAAAGAUUUUUGGGUGCAUAACCGUUGGGCUCGUCUGCGUUGAGCCCUCGGCGGUAGGAGAUGAGGGGAAUGCAGACUACCUAAUCGCUGCAGUAACUGGGUCGGAGGUCGUUACUGGUAGCACCAGAAUGAAGGCAGGAACGGCGACGAAGCUGGUGCUUAACAUGAUCAGCACCGGGAUUAUGAUCAAGCUGGGGAAGACGUAUGGCAACCUGAUGAUCGAUCUCAAAGCCACAAACCUCAAACUCAAGCAACGUGCCAAGAAUAUUCUCAGGUUCAUCGGCGGUUCAAGCUGCCCUCAGUCGGAUGAGGAGCUUGAGCAGAUUCUCGAGGCCUGUCGUGGGAGCGUGAAACUCGCAGCAGUCACAAUCGUCUUGAAUGUAUCGGUGGCCGACGCUGAAGAUCGCCUCCAGCAGAACAAGGGCAUCCUGGCUCGCCUCUUUGAAGAAGAAGAAGAGAAAAUCCAGAAUCUGCAUUUGCAGAACGGGAGCCAAGACGAAGGUCUAGUCCUGUGUGUGGAUGCUGGAGGUACCAGCUGCAAAGCCGUAGUCAUGUCGAGGGAUGGAGGACUGGGGAUGGGCACAGCAGGACCUUGCAAUGUGUCAAACAUUGGCCUUGAUGCUGCCACCUCGGCCAUCUCCGAAGCAAUCCAGGAAGCGUUAAAUGCUUCCGAAGCGACCAAGGGGCGCCCAUUCCAGUCCGUAAAAUUCUUAUCCGCCUGGGUAGGCAUGGCUGGUUAUGACAGGCCUUCUAUGGCUUCGUUGGUUGACACGGCGCUGUCUGAGCUAUUGAGGCUACCCCUUGGAGAGCGGUUACGGGUGACCACUGACAUCGACCUGCUCCCGGCAACCGUAGCGUCACAACUUGAUCUCGACUCCGUUAUCGUUAUAGUUGCCGGGACUGGCUCCGUUUCCAUGAGCUACAAGAGAAACGGUGGAGGUUUCCAGCGAACGGGGCGUGCUGGGGGCUGGGGUCACCUCCUGGGUGAUGACGGAUCAGGCUAUGGCAUUGGGCGAGAAGCUCUUCGCAGAGCCUUAUAUUCCUCUGACCUAUACCGUAUGCGCAACAAGUCUGGGGUCAUCACUGACACAGGGCUUCCCCCACUGUCGCGGGCCAUCUUUCAGCACUUCAAAGCUCAAUAUCCAAAGUGCGAACCAGACGACCUCCUCAGCACCAUCCUCGUCCCAGACUCGACCCUCCACCAGGCGGACGACGCAACUCUCGCGACGACCAAGCGAAUUGCCGGAGUUGCGAAGCUCGUCCUCUCAAUGGCUGACUCUGACGAAAGUGCGAGGCAAAUCGUCGAUGCUGGGACGGCAAGCCUGGCGCAGCUGGCGGCGUUGCUCGUCCAGACUCAGAAUAUUGAUCCGUCAAUAUCGGGCCUUAUACUGGCUGGGGGGCUGACCGAAGAUAACCAGUUCAAAGCCAGGCUGCUUAAAGCCGUCGAGGAGAGGUGUGGCAGGUUCAAGCAUGUGGAAGCUGUGAGCCAGCCGGCAGUUGCUGGGGCACGAUAUAUGCUCCAUUAUAGCACACAAUCCGCAGCUGAUAAUUAGAGGUUAGAGAUGUGUGUUGGGCUCAGCUUGGACGAUAUACAGUUAUAGAUACCGAGUAAAUAGAGAACCCAUUGCCUCAGCGUUGCAAGCAAGUGCUUUUGGCCUUCCAGAGUUGAACCCAGUGCAACUUCUGUCACGGCCGCCACACUUUCUUGUAUCUGCUCUGUUCUAUUAAGAAGACAAAUAACAUAUCAAACAUGGCUAAACAAACAUUCAAGACCAAAUGCACACCCUGAGAACAUUCUGAACGUAAUUAUGGGGAGGCUGAAGGGAUAU